AUGAUUAUCAAAUACUUCAGCAAGGUCAGUGUCAAGUUCAAUCCCUUCACAGCAGGAGCCAAACCUGUAAGAUUGUUCCUUUCAAGGUUACCCCAAUCCCAAAGACAAGCAUGUCCUAUUGACUUUGAAGUGUUAGGACCCAACUCACAACAUAGACCGCUUAUUAGUGUGACGUUUAAGGACAAGACUCAGUUGACCAUCGAUCCUGAAUCCAACAACGUGACCGAAGUGUUUGAAUAUUUCAAUGAACACUCUCGGAAGUUGGCAUUAAAAGAUGCCAUUGCUGGUGAUGCUUAA